GAGAGAGAGAGAAUGAGAGAGAGAGAGAGCGUGAGAGAGAGAGAGACAAAGUUAUAGGAACAGAAAGAAUAAGUGAGAGACAGGCUCUACGGCAGUCAGACGAAGAGAGGGGUUGGCAGUCAAGGGAAGCUCAACUCAUCUCCAAUUCCCUGCUACAGUGAGUGACCAUGUGGCUGGGGUGGAAUAUUGUCUGGCUCGGGGCCCUUCUCAUUGGCCUAAAUGGGACCGUAGCCUGGGCAUCUGACAUCCAGCACCACCGCUAUGAGGAGUUAGUGCGGGCCCUGUUCGCAGUGCAGAGCGAGUGCCCAUACAUCACACGGAUCUACAGCAUUGGGCGCAGUGUGGAGGGACGCCACCUCUAUGUACUGGAGUUCAGUGAUACCCCAGGCAUCCACGAAGCAAUGGAGCCUGAGUUCAAGUAUGUGGGGAACAUGCACGGAAACGAGGUGCUGGGUCGGGAGCUGCUGAUCCAGCUCUCCCAGUUCCUAUGUGAGGAAUACCGGGCCGGAAACCAGAGGAUCACACGCCUCAUCCAUGACACGCGCAUCCACAUCCUGCCUACCAUGAACCCAGAUGGUUAUGAAGUGGCUGCCAAGCAGGGUCCUGAGUUCAAUGGCUAUCUAGUUGGGCGAGGCAACUCCAGGGAGGUGGACCUGAACCGGAAUUUUCCAGACCUGAACGCUCUCAUGUACUACUACGAGAAGACUAAUGGUCGGAACCAUCACCUGCCCCUGCCUGAUAACUGGGAGCAUCAGGUUGAACUGGAGACACUGGCAGUGAUAAAGUGGAUGCAGAACUAUAACUUUGUUCUGUCUGCUAACCUGCAUGGUGGGGCAGUGGUGGCCAACUACCCCUUUGACAAGUCAAGAGACCCCCGAAUCAGAGGCAAGACUACAUAUGCCACAACCCCAGAUGACAAGAUAUUCAAAAAGUUGGCCAGGACGUAUUCGUAUGCCCACAGUUGGAUGCACAAGGGGUGGAACUGUGGAGAUUUUUUUGAUGAAGGGAUCACCAAUGGAGCCAGUUGGUAUUCUCUGUCCAAAGCAGUGAUGGACAGCUGGUGUGAUUUUGAAAACAGGAUUUUAGAAAGUGAACCCCCCCACCUGCAAAAAAUGACAUUGCGACCAAAGAGAACAGACAGAAUGGACGUUGUUUUCAUGAAGCCAGAUUCUUUCUAUGGUGCUACCCGUACCAGGGUUAGAACCGUAACCACGAGAGGACUUGAAAAUGAGUCGGAGCUGAGAGAUCACCAAAUUAAAGAGCAUACAAACAUGCCAACAACGAUCCGUGGAGAUCAGUGGACAAAGGGCUGGAAAACGGGCCGCACCAAAAGAAAACGCAUGUUUGCCAAGAAAGCGGAAAGCCAUGGCUUGUUGGGUUCGAGUUACAGUGUCGCUUUACCCACAGGAAUGCAGGACUUUAACUACCUAUACACCAACUGCUUUGAGAUCACUCUGGAACUCAGCUGUGACAAGUUCCCCCCGGCAUCAGCCCUGUCAAGAGAAUGGCUGGGCAACAGAGAGGCCCUGAUCUCCUUCCUGGAGCAGGUGCAUCAUGGGAUCAAAGGAAUGGUGUAUGAUAACAACAACAACCCAAUCGGCAACGCAGAGAUUUCAGUAGCUGGUAUCAACCACGAUGUGACCACUGGUGUGGAUGGAGACUACUUCAGAUUGCUGUUACCAGGCACCUACUCUGUGACAGCAUCAACAUCAGGAUACUUGCCCUCUACCAGCACGGUGACAGUGGGACCUGCUGAGGCUAUACAGUUGCACUUUUACCUGAAAGUGGCACCAAAAGACACAAAUCUGACACAGUCCCACCACAGCAAGAAAAACCUCUCCUCAGCUAAGGUGGGCCCAAGAUGAGACAUGGGCGUGAGAUAAACAAAGAACACGCCCACAUGUCCACGCAGAGGGAACAAUUGACAAUGUGUAAUAAAUGUCACUUAAAGAUACACCUAUUUUGUAAGCCUGAUUUACUCCUGAUUUGUACUGUAUGAGCGCUAUAAUUUUGUGAUUUUCAAGGACAGUUUUCAUGUUCACAUUUUGAGUAAAAAGAAUACAUAGAUUUCCAGUAUUUUCAUGAAAUGAAUCAACAAUAAAAGGUAGUGAAUGCUUUACUUUAAUUAUUAGUCAUUGAAAUUGAUGUGCAAAAAUAUCUAUAUAGCAGCAUAGCACAUCAUUUCAAUACUAUAAAGAUAAACAAUUAUUUAAAGAUAAAAAAUAAAGAUGAAUUGUUGAAAUAAUUGGUUUUAUGAAAUAUGAUAUCUUAUAUUGUGAUACUAGCUUUAAUUAAUUAAAGGAAUACUACACUCAA